UGGUGCGAUAAAGCACAGUGAAAGUGGUUUUAACAACAGUGGACCGUUUUGGAUAUCAUCUGGAUAUAAAAAAGACAUAGAGUUCAAGUCUCUUUGGAAAAUCAGAUGCCAAAUAGCCCCUGGAGCCCAGGAGCUGUUAUGAAAGCAGAGGAACGGUAGACACCUUCCCAUUGGCCAGGGAGAUUUAGCCAGAUGUCUGGCUUUCACAUAAAAGACAGGAACCACUGAAGUCAGUUUCUACUUCCACCCAAACGGCGACAGCAAAACAGCAAAAAAAGAAGAUGGCAAGACUCUUGUCACUUUUCUUCCCAGGUCUUGUGGCCAUAUGUGCCGUGCAUGGAAUAUUCAUGGACAGACUUGCUUCCAAGAAGCUCUGUGCAGAUGACGAGUGUGUCUAUACUAUUUCUCUGGCCAGAGCUCAAGAAGAUUACAAUGCCCCAGACUGUAGAUUUAUUAACGUUAAAAAAGGGCAGCAGAUCUAUGUUUACUCAAAGCUGGUAAAAGAAAAUGAAGCUGGAGAAUUUUGGGCUGGCAGUGUUUAUGGUGAUCGCCAUGAGGAUGAGAUGGGAACCGUGGGUUACUUCCCCAGUAACUUGGUUGAGGAGCAACAUGUGUACCAGGAAGCCACCAAGGAAGUCCCCACCACGGAUAUUGACUUCUUCUGCGAGUAAGAAAUUAGACAAAUCUGGAGAUAGAAAGGAAACACCAAAAAUAAAGGAAAAAUGAAAAUAA